AUGAUUUACGAAAUGUUGGCUGCAGUCAUGGCUUUUCUGUUGGGGUUUGUUUCCUCCUACAGUUUAAUAGGGAAGAAAAAUGCCCGAGCUUCAGCAAAGAAUGGGAAUGGGAAUGAGAAUUCUUUGAAGAGCUGUGAAAAUGGAAUGUGCCAGCCAGAGAUAGGUGCAAGUACGGACAUUAUCAUUGUUGGUUCUGGGGUUGUUGGUUCGGCACUCGCGUACACCCUUGGGAAGGAUGGACGCCGAGUGCAUGUGAUUGAAAGAGACUUGACUGAGCCAGAUAGAAUUGUUGGUGAACUGCUACAACCUGGGGCUUAUCUGAGAUUAAUUGAUUUGGGCCUUGAGGAUUGUGUCAAGGAGAUUGAUGCUCAGCGAGUCUUUGGAUUUUCUGUUUACAAGGAUGGGAAAAAAACCAAGUUACCAUAUCCUUUGAAAAACUUCCAUCCAGAUGUGGUUGGGAUGGGCUUUCAUCAUGGGCGUUUCAUUCAAAGAAUGCUCAAAAAAGCUUCAAAUCUCCCCAAUGUAAGGUUGGAACAAGGAACAGUGACAUCUCUGCUUGACGACAACGGUAAUAUCAAGGGAAUGCAGUAUAAAUGCAAAGGUAGUCAUCAGGAGAUCACUGCACAUGCCCCCCUCACAAUUGUAUGUGACGGCUUCCAUAAGCAAAUCAUGCACGUAAUUUUAGCGGAUCCUUCACCCAUAAUGUUUUAUCCUAUCAGCAGCACUGAGAUCCACUGUCUCGUUGAUAUUCCAGGCCAGAAAGUACCUUAUGUUUCUAGCGGUGAAAUGGCUUACUACUUGAAAACAAAGGUGGCACCCCAGGUUCCUCCUGAGCUGUAUAAUGCUUUUUUGGCUGCCACUGAGAAAGGAAAUAUAAAAUCAAUGCCCAAUAGGAGCAUGCCUGCUGCUUCUCAUCCCACCCUAGGUGCCCUUCUAAUGGGGGAUGCAGUCAACAUGUUGCAUCCUAUAACUGGAGGAGGCAUGACUGCGGCUCUAUCAGACGUUGUUGUAAGGAAUCUUCUAAGAUUUCUGCGCAAUCUCAAUGAUUCACCCUCCCUUUGCAAAUUGCUUGAGUCCUUCUAUACCCAACGUAAGCAAGUGGCUUUCACCAUAAACACAUUGGCAGGUGCCGCAUACAAGGUGUUAUGUGCAUCCCCUGAUCCAGCAAGGAAGGAAAUGCGCCAAGCAUGCUUCGACUAUUUGAGCCUUGGAUGCACCUUUUCAAAUGGAUCUCUUGCUCUUCUCUCUGGUCUAAAACUUUGUCCAUUGAGCUUGAUUUUCCAGGUCUUCGUUGUGGGUCUUUAUGCUGUUGGACGCUCGUUACUUCCAUUUCCUUCACCAAGCCGCAUCUGGAGUGUAGCCAGAAUGAUCUUGGGUGGAUUAGGAAUCAUUUUCCCCAUAAUCAACGCUGAAGGAGUAAGACAAAUGUUCUGCCCUGUAGCCGCCCUGCAAUCAUAUCUCAGAGGUCCUCCUAUCAUUUGA